AUGGACUCUGUCUCUCAGCGUCCACUUCCGCAUGGCAAUAUGCCCCAAAGCAACAUUACCCAAGGCCAGCAGUCUCUGCCGCCCUUAUCAGCACUAACCAACCGUCUCCCUACGUCUGACCAUAGCUCGGCGCAGCCCAGGCAACACCCAGAAGCUGGUGAGGUUCGCGACUCGGGUCACUGGUCCAUUGCCCAAAGCAAACAUUCAUCCAACGUGUCCCAGCACAUGGGACUACAGUUGCAAACACUACUCAACCCUUCUGAUGAUUCAACAUCCCGCAACUCUAUACCAGAGACGCCAUCUUCUGCUAGGUAUCCCUCCGGCUUCUCCCAGUCUUCUCAGCAUGGUGGUCUACCUUCGCUCUCUCAAGCGUAUGACAACACCCGACAGAGUAUAGAUGCUGGCUCCUCUCAGUUCGACUCCCGACGCAGCAGUGUGGACAGUCGGAUGAAUGUUGGCAUGGGACAUCUCACUAUUAACCACCCACAGUCACCGUAUGACAGCCAGAACGCGUCCCGAGUUUCGCUUGUCGCGGACCUCCAACAGCAACGCGGAAUCGCAAAUCCUGCCUUGCGAACCAAUGGCACUUCUCCAUUAUCACCCAACCGUGCUGGCCCGCGUGCCAACAAUCCCCCGCGACGUGCUCCGGUCAUCAAUCCCAACCCCAGAAGCGUGUCUGGAAUGCCCGAUCCUAUGGCAGCGGCCCCGACUAAGGGUUUUGCUUGGGCCUUUCCAGCGGAUGACUUUGACCACGAAGAGAAGAGGACAUCGAGUAGCGGUGAGUCUAGCGUAGAUCGCUCAAACGCUCCCUCGCGUCAAGGUAGCUUUGCGACGUCGAUCAAUAGCAGUAUCUACACCACAGAUUCCAAGCUACCACCUGGUCAACAACGACUGAACGAUGGCACGCAUUCCAAUCCUCAUCUUACAUCAGCCGUACUGACUAGUAUAGACAUCCCUAGUACCCACCAUCAUUCCAUGCAACACCGCAGUGUCACAAGCCUACAAAACAUUGACCCUACGAAUCCGCUCGCCCCCGGAAGCGGAAGUUACAGUAGGACUCCCGAGCUUCGCGUCAGUCACAAGAUGGCUGAGAGGAAGCGGAGAAGUGAGAUGAAGACUUUGUUCGAUGAUCUUAACGGUAUCCUCCCCAACAGCCCGGGCAGCAAGUCAAGCAAAUGGGAGAUACUCACCAAAGCCAUUGAAUACGUCCAAAACUUGACUCGCGCACACCAAAACGCGCGCGAAGAGCUCAACCGCCUGCGACCUGAAGCCGAGUAUUGUCGUAGAGCCCAAGAAGAGAACGAGUUGCUAAAAGGGGAAUUGAAUGCCGUUUGGAAUGCUCUCCGUCGCGCCGAUCCUUCCAACACCCAUGUUUACGGAAGUAUGACCGGCCAGUUCGCACAAGGGCUACCCGCAGCCCCUGCACCACCCGGUAACAACGUGCUUCCACCUCUACAGCAGCAACAACAACAACAACAACAACAACAACAACAACAACAACAACAACAACAACAACAACAGGGGCUCUCGCAACCACCACCACAGUCGCAGGUUCAGUGGGCACCACCACCGCAUGCGGGUGCGAUGCAGGGCGUCGAGUUUGGCGGUAUGCGGCCUUAUGAGCAUUCGCAUCGUUGA